GCACGGCUGGCGAUGUGGGACGGUGAGAGAGCCCCUGGCGGCCUGGGAUCAGGCCCCGGAGGGUGGCGGGAGCCUUGAGGAAGCCCAUCCCAGGCCUCGGGGGUGACGUCUUUGCGACUGCCGCCCGUCCCAAGUGCCAAAGAGAUGGAUGAAACUGUUGCCGAGUUUUUCAAGAGGACCAUCUUGAAAAUCCCCAUGACUGAAAUGAUGACAAUCCUCAAAGCCUGGGGUUUUCUGUCUGAAAAUCAACUGCAGACUGUAAACUUCCGGCAGAGAAAGGAAUCUCUUGUUCAGGACUUGGUUCUGCUUUGUGAGAAGAAGCGAGCCAGUCUCAAUGACGCAGCCAUUUUAGACAUCGUUUAUACUCAAUUUCAUCGGCACCAGAAGGUUUGGGAUGUUUUUCGGAUGAGCAGAGAACCAGGUGAAGACAUUGACCUUUUUGAUAUGGAACAAUUCAAAAGAUCAUUUAAGAAAAUUCUUCAGAGAGCAUUAAAAAAUGUGACAAUCAGCUUCAGAGACGCUGAGGAGAAUGCCGUAUGGAUUCGAAUUGCCUGGGGAUCACAGUAUAGAAAGCCAAACCAGUACAGACCUGUUUACGUGGUAUAUUAUUCCCAGACUCCAUAUGCCUUCACUUCUUCCUCCCAGCUGAGGAGCAAUAUACCCCUUCUGGGUCAGGCACUGACAAUUGCUAGCAAACACCAUCAGAUUAUGAAAAUGGACCUCAGAAGCCGAUAUCUGGACUCUCUUAAGGCUAUUGUUUUUAAACAGUAUAAUCAGACCUUUGAAACUCACAACUCUACUACACCUCUACAAGAAAGAAGCCUUGGGCUAGAUAUAAAUAUGGAUUCAAGGAUCAUCCAUGAAAACAGAAUAGAAAAAGAGAGAGUCCAAAGAGUGACUCAAGAAACUUUUGGAUACUAUCCUCAACCAAGACUAGAAUUUGCACAAUAUAAGCUUGAAACAAAAUUCAAAAGUGACUUAAAUGGGGGCAUCUUGGCUGAGAGAGAAGAACCCCUCCGGUGCCUAAUAAAGUUCUCUAGCCCGAAUCUUCUGGAAGCAUUGAAAGCCUUAGCACCAGCUGGUAUUGCAGAUGCACCACUUUCUCCACUGCUCACUUGCAUACCCAACAAGGGAAUGAAUUAUUUUAAAAUUAGAGAUAAAUAAGAUGUAUGUGGUUUUGUAAGUAUAGCAGCUCCUUCACUAUAUUGCAUACACAUUCAGUUAAUGGCUAGCUGAAUAGCUUCUGUCUAUAAACUUGUGUUUUAGAAAUUAAUCCUUAAUAUUGACAUUUUAGAAAUGUUCAAUGUAAUUUUUUGGGACUGAUUCUUUCCUCAUCCACAGUGUGUCCCCUCUCCCCCAUAUCCUGCAAAGCAUAGCAGUUGUGGGUCUGUAAGAUGUGACAGGAUGUCCUUUUUCUCAUUCCUGUCUCUCCUUGAUCCUGGAGAGGUCUGGUUCCAAUUGCUGGUCCCCAGGGAUUUUCUCUUAAGCCUUGGAUCACGGAAAGAAGCACCAAGAAACUAUACCCAACUCAAAACUUUCUAGGAGAAUCAUAAAAUUGGUCCAUCCAGAGGGUACAGCUGGGUCCAUUAAGUUAUUAUUGCAGGAAGUAGCAUAUCAGAUGAUUCAGUUUUAUAAAAUAAUGGCUUUGUUAUAAAUAUGAUAUUUUUCAUAGUCUGUUUUAUCAUAUGUAUAGCGUUCAAACUGACCAAUAUUAUACUAAUUUGUGAAUAAAGAUAUUUAAAAACUGG